GCACUGUAAACGAAGAUCUAGUCACAUUUUGAAACGAUAAUUUUACGAUAAUUAUAAACUGAUAAUAAUUAAUUUGAAACCGGUAGUGCCGACUCAGAUAUUCUUGGUAGUAUUUUUAGUGUUUAAUUGUUAUUUAAACUUGUGCUGUCUAAGUAAACCAAUUCAAAAUAUACUUAGGUGUUCAGUUCAUAUACCAAAACAUUUUCAGAAGUAAUGAUAAAAAAUGUUCACUUACUCAGUUACCUUUGCACUGCUUAUCUGCGUGAGCAGUUACGUGAACAGUCAAGAGUGUGUCACUUAUAAUUUCGAAGAGAAUUUCGAUGAGUUCUUCUCAAGCUGCGGCGACAACAAUGAACUAUGGAGUACAGGUUUCUACGAAGACUUGGGCAUUGAGAGUCCCCACCCGCUAAGCACCACGUUUAUCAAACCUGGACAGAAUGGUCUGAGCUGUGUAUCAUCUGACACAUUUCCUGUUCGGGCAGAUGGUAAAUUUGAAAUACAAGCGUAUAUGAAAUCCGCUAGUAUAAAUGACCAGAUCAUAGUGAUUGUCUACGGGGAGCAGGAAGAAGAAAACGAUGCUACUUUGGGUGUCGCAGUGCUAAGCGCAGCCGUUGAUGGUGAAUCAGGUGAUGGAUUUUACAAUUUCGAAGUGAACUGGUCAGUGUCAGGUGACAAGAUGUACAAUGGAUAUGUAAAAUUCCAAGGUGUGGCUAGUGAGGAGUCGAUACUGUUUGUUGAUUCAUUUCGGUAUUUACCUCCUGGAGUAGAUUCCGAAUCAUGUUCUGCUUAUGACGAUGCAGAGUCCCCAGACCCAGAGUCCAGUAGCCCAACAACUGUUGAUCCAGAGUUCAGUAGCCCAACAACUGUUGAUCCAGAGUUCAGUAGCCCAACAACUGUUGACCCAGAGUCCAGUAGCCCAACAACUGUUGAUCCAGAGUCCGGUAGCCCAACAACUGUUGAUCCAGAGUCCAGUAGCCCAAUCACUGAUGACCCAGAUUCCAGUAGCCCAAUAACUGAUGGUCCAGAGAUAGAUCCUAUAACAGAAGGUCCUGGGACAGAUAGUCCGGACGUGCCGAGUGCGAGCCCUGACCAACCAGGCGUCGACCCAUUUGGAAAACAUUAGCAAUAGUUUUUGCAUCAUUACUAUCAUUCACGAUUCUCGGUCUUGUUUGUUGGUCAUUCUACGAGUGCGGAAAAAGAAGAGUACAAAAGCAAACACCACAGGAGUUGUUUAUGACUGAUUACGAUAACUUGCCGAAGCCGAUAACUAUGCCGCGAGUGGCGAGGGCCUUUAAUGAUACGAGUAGCAUUUACAAUAAAAAUCAAUAAAUAUAAAAUCAUUA